UCAAUUAGUAAUAUAGUACACAUUUCGGGGUCUUAUCAAUUCAUAUUAAAAUGCCAACAAACACUUCCAUGCCAAGUAUUGCUUUAGAAAACGGAUUGGAUUUGAGACAACUAUGCACAACGGGUUCAAUACUUCACAUAAAUGACGAUUUAGAAGAGGGCCAUGGCUUAGAGACAGAGAGAGAAGAUGCUAGAACUUUUGAUCAUAUUGGGCAACCUGUGAAAUGCUUAAAAACCUUAGAGCAGCAAUUAACGUCCGUGGAUUCAGAUGGUUGCGUCAAGAAGAAGAUUCUGGAACAAGGAGGUGGUUUUCCACUCCACGAGGGUUGCACGGUCCAUAUAGCAUAUACUGGAUUCUGGGAAGACAUAGAAGAACCAUUUGAUGUUCGGAAAAUGCACAAGCCAUUGGUAGUUGACUUAAAGGACAAUGAUUUGUUGCCGGGCCUACAAACUGCUGUGAACUCCAUGCUGGUUGGAGAAAUGUCAGUAUUUCUCCUAUCUUACAAAGUCAUGUUCGGGGAGGUUGGGGUCCCGCCUCGGAUAAAACUAAAAGCAGACUGUGUAUUCUACAUCAAACUCAUUAAGAGCAUUCUGACUCCGGUUGAAGGAGAUAUAAACUACUUAGAGCCCAACAUGUUUCAGCGGGUCUUCGGCCAAGUAGCGAAACUCUACAGCUCUGGCGUAACCUUACACAAAACUAAAAAUACAAUGGCCGCAGUCCACCUAUUCAGAAAAUCUAUAGCCAUGCUGCACAAAUGUCGGUUGGCUGAUGAAGAAGAGGAAAAGAAACAAGAGAAAAUGCUCGUAAAGUUAUAUUUGAAUUUGGCUAUUUGCUCUAAUGCUCUGGAACAGCCGUUGAAGGCUUGUAUUGCUUGCAAUGAGCUGAACAGACUAGAAAACCUAUGGAAUAACAGCAAAGCUCUCUUCCAACAUGCCAAAGCUUUACGUAUGAUUGGUCAGUACGAUGCAGCAAAAAAUAGAUUGUUAAGAGCACAGAAGUUGUGUCCGGAUAAAAAUGAAAUCAAAGAAGAAUUAUUAUUACUUGAGAAAACUAGAACUAUCUGUGAUCAAAACAAAUUGCUAGCUAAGAACUUUGUCCACCCGUCUCUAGAGUUAGUGAGCGAAGAUUUUAAAAAAGAGGUAGAUACUUUGAUAAAGAAUUUCAAAGAGAAUGUCAAUUUGUGCAAACUUACACUGCCGGGUGGUUUAAAUGCGGAAGAAAUAAAAUAUGUAAAGGAGGCUUGCGUAAGGGAAAACUUGUUUUGCACUAGAAUAGAGAAGGACUUUGCAUUAGAUAAGACUAAUGAGAUAGAAACUGGAGAGAGUGAAGAGCCACUAGGUUUGUCAGUUUGCCCGGACAGCAAUACCAGUAAAUCAUAAUGGUAGGUAUAUUUUUGUAUGUAAAG